AUGGGAAGGUUUUUGAUUGUCACCAAAAAUGGCAAUGACGCAGAACUUGUAGAAAAGAUCAGACAUUCCCUGGAUUGCCACACCCUUGACCAAGGCAUUGAGUAUGAUGGCAUAAUCGUCCUGGGAGGCGAUGGGACUGUACUCAGGACCAUUGCGUCCUAUCGGAACCCGCCUGCUGUAUAUGCAGUAAACAGAGGAAGAGUAGGCUUUCUUUGCCCCAUCCCUCACACCGCUAUAGAUGAGCUCAUCGGCCGACUAAGAAAUGGGAAGAGGAUUGAGCUUGUUGAAGUAAAGAGACUUUGCCUGUCAAAGAAGCAUUACUUUCUGAAUGAUGCCGUGAUAAGGCCGUCCUCCAUAGGACUUGGAACAUUCAAGAUAUUCAUAGAUGAUAUCUCACUUGUAUUGAGAGGAGAUGCUGUUAUUGUUGCAACAAAGACUGGGAGCAGUGCAUAUAAUGCAUCUUUGAAUGGGCCUUUGCUUUUAAACGAAGGGAUGGUUGUCAAUGUAGUUGCACCGAACAACUGCAGGUUUAAACCGAUUGUGUGUGGAAUUGGGACUAGAGUCCGUGUGGAGGUUGACAGGGAUGCCCAGAUCAUCCUUGAUGGUGUUUUAUGUGAGGAGGAGUCUUUUGAUGUGUGCUAUGAUGGAUCUUCUGUGAGGUUUGGACAUCUGGGUCACUAUGAUCAAUCAAAAAGAAUAGAGGAGCUCUUUCUACUUUGA